AUGGAUAGUGACUAUGAAAAGCCAUAUGAGUAUGAGAGUGAGGCCUUCAACAGUCCAAUCUCUUCAGAGGACGAGGGUAAGAUAGCAUAUGAUCCAUUUGAUGAAGAUACUGAAUAUGGUGAGGUUGAGUUCAAGGUUAGACAGUUGUUUCCAACAAUUGAGAUUUUCAAAAAGGCAUUAAAAGACUACUUCGUACAUGAAGGAAAGGACAUGUUAUACAUUAAGAAUGAGAAGCAUAGACUGAGGGCAACAUGUGCAGCUAAUAAAUGUCCUUGGUUGAUAUAUAUUUCUUGGAAUUCUGCCAGUAGAUGCUUCCAGGUGAAGACCUUAAUUGAUGAGCAUUCUUGUGCUUGGGACUAUGGUAGUAACAUGGCUGACCGUCAAUGGCUAGCUUCUAAGCUAAUUAAAAAACUUCUCAUUCAACCCGACAUGAAGCUAAGAUAUGUAAUGGAGCAUAUGAUAGAAGAAUACAACAUCCAGCUGAACCCAAGAAUGAUUGCAAAGACCCUGAAAGUUGCUAGGGAAGUUGUCAUUGGUAAUGCAAGGGACCAAUAUGAAAAAGUGCGUGAUUAUCUGAAUGAACUACAUAGGAGUAAUCCGGGCACAAUAGCAUUAGUGAAGACAAUUCCCCAGCUAGUUUCUUUUCCACUGUUUGAUAGAUUGUAUAUAUGUCUGGACACGUCUAAGAAGGGGUUUAAAGAGGGUUGCAGACCUCUUAUCGGCCUAGACGGAUGCUUUCUGAAAGGGUACUAUGGUGGUCAGCUCUUAAGUGCGGUUGGACAAGAUGCCAAUAACCACUUCUUUAUCAUUGCCUUUGCAGUUGUUCUUAACGAAUGCAAAGACACAUGGAAGUGGUUUUUGACACUCUUACAAGAGGACUUGGGAGAAGUGACACAGUUUGGCUUGAAUUUCAUUUCGGACCAGUAG